CGCCGGGUUUACAACCAACCGAAAAAACGAACCCAAAAUUCGAAAAUUUCAGAACCCUAAAUCCAUCCCCUUUCAUUCCUUUUUCAAUCCCAGUUCACAAAUUUCCCUUUGAAUUUUGAUUUUGUAGAGCCUUUUAGGACGAUGUGGAAUCAGGCGUACCGGAAAAUCGACGAUGCGGAGGCAGGAGCAAGGCCCCUGUACCCCAUGAUGUUAGAGCCGCCGGAGAUGAGAUGGGCUUUUAUCCGGAAAAUUUACUCAAUCGUCGCCAUUCAAUUGUUAGCCACAAUCGCGGUGGCCGCCACUGUGGUUACUGUCCAUCCGAUUGCUCUUUUCUUCGUCAGCACUGGAACUGGAUUUGCACUUUACAUAGUCCUAAUCAUCACGCCUUUCAUCACUCUUUGUCCUUUGUAUUACUAUCACCAGAGGCAUCCUGUUAAUUAUCUUCUUCUUGGGGUUUUUACGGUUUCUUUGGCGUUUGCUGUUGGAUUGACGUGCGCUUUUACCAGUGGGAAAGUUAUUUUGGAAUCUGUGGUUCUUACGGCUGUAGUGGUUGUGGCUCUCACUCUCUACACUUUCUGGGCUGCAAGGAGAGGCCAUGAUUUCCACUUCCUUGGUCCUUUCUUGUUUGGUGCUGUCAUUGUUCUCAUGGUUUUUUCUCUGAUCCAGAUUUUCUUCCCACUCGGCAAAUUAUCGGUGAUGAUCUAUGGGGGCUUAGCCUCGAUCAUAUUCUGCGGUUAUAUCGUAUAUGACACCGACAACUUAAUCAAGCGUUACUCUUAUGACGAAUAUAUUUGGGCUGCUGUAGCUCUUUAUUUGGACAUAAUUAAUCUCUUCCUUUCACUGCUUACUAUAUUAAGAGCAGCAGAUAGUUGAAGAAAACCAUGGUGCCUAUAAGCAAUUCCUAUUCAUCAUUGAAAAGCUUGCUGUUAUCUUUUUUCUUUUCCUUUAGGUGGUAAAUGUCUAUGAUGUAAAAACAGCCAUAAUCUAUGUUGUAAAGCUGAAACCAUAUCACAGUUGACUGAAAUGGAACAUUUUAUUUCUCUUGCA